ACUUUGACACUGGAUAUGCACCAAAUUAAUAACCUGUAGCUAUUAUUAAAAAGCAAGAUUAUUUUCAUGUGAUAAUCCCAAUUGUAUAGUGUAUCAAGUAUAAGUACAAAAUGGAUGUCACGCAGAUGUUUGUCUUGAUUCUCUUUUCUUUAUUUACUGAGUUUAACUCAGUCACCGGUUACAAAGCUGCAGCGUUUGAACUAUCCAUUUUUGUGGUAGAUCCUCAUCCUUUGACUAGAAAUGAAGCAUUAAGUGUAAUGCGUAAAAACGUUGCUGUCUACAGAGAGCAAGCGAGAAUGGCAGUUGAACAAGGUGCACAGAUUAUUGUAUUUCCAGAAAAAGGUAUAUACGGUUUUAGUCACUCACGAUCGACAAUAAAGCCUUAUCUUGAACCAAUACCGAACCCUUCAGAAAAAAUGUUCAUAAAUCCGUGCAUUAAUAAGACACUGACGAGAAAUGAAAUACUCCAGGAACUAAGCUGUAUUGCACGAUAUAACUCCAUCGCUUUGGUUGCAAACAUGGGUGAUAUACAAUAUUGCACAUCACGGGAUCCAAAUUGCCCUAACGAUGGCCGAUAUCAGUUCAAUACAGAUGUAGUGUUUGAUACUGAUGGUCGAUUGAUCGCUAAAUACCACAAGCAACAUCUUUUUCAUGAGAUGGCAUUUAACACACCUGCAAAAUGUGAGUUCGUCACAUUUGUUACGUCAUUUCAGGUGCGCUUUGGAGUUUUUACAUGUUUUGACAUGUUGUUCAAAGACCCUGCCAUCGAUUUGGUGAAAGUUUAUGGCGUAAAAAAUAUCGUGUUUCCUUCGGCUUGGUUCAAAGGAUUUCCAAUGUUUAUUUCUAUCGAGUUCCAACAAGCUUGGUCACGAACGAACUGCAUAAACCUUAUUGCAGCUAACUUGUUGUAUUCUCUAUUGGAUUUCACAGGAAGUGGAAUUUACAGCUGUGGGGAAGUAAAGAUAUACACUUAUUACAACGGCUCAAUUGCAAAUCGAUUGCUCGUUUCAACACUGCCUGAAAACCUCAACACUCAUAAUCAGAAGGGAAAGAGACAAAUUGAAAUAUUAAAGCAAUUUUCUGUUGAAAAGGCUUUACGUACAACGGCGAAAGAAAGAGUUUUUAGUGACCCCACGGAUAUAUACAAGCCUUUCCACGCUGUUAUUAAUUCGAAUCUUUUUACCUUGAUUAAGUUGGCUUCUUCAGAAAACGAUGUCUCUGUUUGUGGCAAUGGUCUAUGUUGUAGUAUGAAAUAUGCGCUUCCACAAGGAAAAAAUUUUACUGAAACAUUUGCAUUUGGCGUAUUUCGAGGAUAUAAUCCUAAUGGAUAUUAUUGGGAAGUUUGUACAUUAAUGAAGUGCAAGUCUGCUGAACAGAGGUCAUGUGGUUGGGUUGUAAUAAAUUCUGAAACUAUAUUUGACUCAUUUACAAUACAUGGAAACUUUACAAAAACUGCCGUUGUCUUUCCAACUUUCUUAAGUAGUGGUAAUAAACUUGUACCAAAAGAUAAGGUAUAUUUUUUGACUGAUCAUACGGUUGUAUGUGAAGCAUUUGAAGAGCCUUUGCUUACAGCAAAUCUUAUAGCCAGGGUGUACUCAAAAGACAAGCAAAAUAGAAAAAUUGCAUGAACUGCAUAGCUGAAAACUUGCAUUGCAACUCUUUAAAGUCAAUUUGAAAUCAUGAUGCGCAGCUUUAUAACUUUGGGUCUUUUGGAUGAUAUAAUACCUUGAUCACUGAAUUAAAUGAUGUGGAAAUGUAAAAUUAUUUGAAUCGAACAUUAAAUGUGUAUACUGUUAA